CCGGGCCUGGCCGGGACAGGGGCGGCGGCGGCGGGCCGGGCCCCGGGGAUGGCGAUGUUCCGCAGCCUGGUGGCCUCGGCUCAGCAGCGGCAGCCGCCGGGCGGGCCCGCGGGCGGCGACAGCGGCCUGGAGGCGCAGUACAGCUGCCCCAUCUGCCUGGAAGUCUACCAUCGGCCCGUGGCCAUCGGCAGCUGCGGACACACGUUCUGCGGGGAGUGCCUCCAGCCGUGUCUGCAGGUGCCAUCCCCCCUGUGCCCACUGUGCCGCCUGCCCUUCGACCCCAAGAAAGUGGACAAGGCCGCCCACGUGGAGAAGCAGCUUUCGUCCUACAAGGCACCCUGCCGGGGCUGCAGUAAGAAGGUGACACUGGCCAAGAUGAGAGUGCACGUUGCCUCCUGCGUGAAGGUCCAGGAGCAGAUGGCCAACUGUCCCAAGUUCGUCCCUGUGGUGCCCACGUCCCAGCCCAUCCCCAGUGCCGUCCCCAACAGGUCCACCUUCGCCUGCCCUUACUGUGGUGCCCGCAACCUGGAUCAGCAGGAGUUGGUGAAGCACUGCGUGGACAGCCACCGCAGCGACCCCAGCCGCGUGGUGUGUCCCAUCUGCUCAGCCAUGCCCUGGGGCGACCCGAGCUACAAGAGCGCCAACUUCCUGCAGCACCUGCUCCACCGGCACAAGUUCUCCUACGACACCUUUGUGCCUCCAGCCUCCAGGCGCCAGACCCUGUGGAGUCGACCCCUCCGCUCCCUCCGCCUGUGCCUGGUCCCGAUGGGUGGAUGCCACGGGGAUCCCUGGCUUCUCUGCUCAUCUCAAGCCCCGUUCUUGAGUCUGAGGAGAAAGGACAGCUCCGAUUCCGGGCGUCCAGCCCACGCAGUCCGCCCAGCCCUCAGUCACUGGGUGCGGUGGCCUCCGGGCAGCCAGACCAUCCCCGCAGCGCAGUUGCUGCACAGCGCCUGGGACCCCGUGACCGUGCGGGGCCGAAGGGGGGCGGGGAGGCUGGACGCAGCAGAGCCGGUCCAUUUGAGGUGACAGGACCAGGGCCAGGGGGGUCGCUCUGGGAGGCCCUGGCGUCCCUGGCCCAGCUCCACUCCCUGUCUUCCAGGACUACAGCAUCGACGAGGAGGCCGCCUUCCAGGCCGCCCUGGCCCUGUCUCUCUCCGAGAACUGAAGGCGUGGCCACUGGCCCAGGCCUCCCGCCUCAAGGGACACGCCCCGCCAGCUCCUGCGGCCCAGGCCUGCCUGGGAAGGCGCCUUGAGGGCCAGGUGGAGCCUCACUGCUGCAGGAGGAGAGGCCGCGUCCCUGUCGCGCUGAGCAGGUGGCCUCGGGGGGCCGGCCACUGGGAUGGAGUGUGGCCACUGUGUCUCAAAGCCAUGAUGUCCUCCCUGCAGAGAGGACCCUUCAGGCCCUGCCGCGUCCACAGGCCCCCGCACUGAGCAGGGAAGCGCGGAGGGGGCCCCGGCCCAGCACCUGGCAACGCUUCCCCGUCGCGUGCUCGGUACUGGCUUUUAUGAUUCCUAGAGGUUCCACACUUUUCUAUAUUAUCCGGUGUGAUGACCUUUUCACAUUUUCUAGAGCACAGACAGAGCAGUUGCCCUUCAUAUUGCAAUAUCCGUGUCUGACUAGGAAUAAUAGUAUUUUUAUGGAACAUUUACAGAAUUAUAUUUUUUAAAAAAACAAUAAAAAACGAACGGUUGUGGGAUUGGUCGGGGAGGAGAGGAGAGACGGGGCAAUCGCUGUGUGCAGGGACCGAGGUGGCCACGUCCCCAGGUCACCUCGCUGUUCCCCAGGGUCACUGGGAUAAUCACGGGAAGAAAUCGCAACGCCCAGCCACUUGCAGCGGCGCUGUGUCUGCUCCUGGCCUCCCGCCUGGGUCUUGGCCUCGGCCCUGCUGUCCCUGGUCCAAAGCUGACCACCUCGCGCCCCCAGCAGGGCCGCCCCGGCAGUGGCAGAGCGCGGGGCCGGGGCAGUGACCAGAGCUCACAAGACGCUCAUCGGCACCCUCGUUUGGCUCGUGGCAUAAAUUAUUGCUGUCUUUAAAAAAAAUUUAAAUAAAAUGUCUCAAAGCA